AUGUCCAGCCCCGUUGACGAUUCCAAUACCCAUCUGGGUCCUCCUCGACGCGACACCGACCCCUCCAGUGAUGACGACCGUCUGGGUAACCGAUCGACCAACAAUGACGAACGACCGUUGACCCGCGAAAACCCUCCUCCGCCCUCCGGGGGUAACCAGUGGGGCGUGCUCUUCAAAGCCAUCCGCGAUGGCACUUCACAACUCGCGGAAAAACUUGGUCGUGAUCCUGACGGCGGUGAUGGACUGGAUUCGGCCUGGCACCCAGAAGACUACGGAUUCCAAGAGGACAUUGAGAUGAGAGAGAUGCUCGCACAGGAGGAACUCGAGGAGCAUGCCUACGCUUCCAAGCUGCAGUCCGUGCUGGGUUCCGAUGCCAACAAUCUUGUGAAGAACCUGGGCUUGGGUGAAACUCCGUCGCGGACCAACAGUAAUGAUGAGAACCUCGUCGGAGGUGUGCUCUGGCAUUUACUCAGUCAUCAGAUGGGCCAUAACCCGGAGGAAAUCCAUGACGAUGGUGCGGUGCCCACAUCUACAGAAGACGGACUGGCGCCGUUACCCACUGACCUGCGGAAGCGUCGCAAGAAGAAGUGGUACGACGAGGAUCCAACGAAUGACAAAGAAGGUCGGAAGAAAAUGAAGGAAGAGCUGUUGACACAGAAGAUUGGUUCGCUUCUCACCCGCCAGCGCUAUAUGAUCCAGCUGUGUCGGGCAUUGAUGAAAUUCGGCGCUCCGACGCAUCGUCUCGAAGAAUACAUGCAGAUGACGGCUUACCGACUGCGGGUACAGGGCCAAUUCAUGUACAUUCCCGGCUGCAUGAUUAUUUCGUUUGACGAUCCCCUUACCCGCACUGCGGAGGUCAAGCUGGUCCGCACAACCCACGGAUUGGACCUUGGUCGACUCGGGGAUAUUCACAAUUGCUAUAAGAAUGUGCUUCAUGGCAGACUGUCGCCGGAUGAGGCUCUUCCAGUCAUGGACGAUCUUCUUACCCGAAAGAGUCGCAUUCAUCAGGCCUGGUUGUUGGUUUUGCUGUCCGGCCUGGCGAGUGUGGCGGUGGGUCCGUGGGCGUUCAGCGCGCGCCCGGUCGACAUGCCCAUUAUCUUCGUCCUGGGCUGUCUCCUCGGAACAUUACAGUAUGUGUUGGCACCACGAUCGGCGCUGUACUCCAAUGUGUUCGAAGUCACCGUGGCCAUGCUCACGUCCUUACUUGGCUCGUGCAUUUGGAAGCAUUUACUACUCGAGCGGCGAGCCUGUUUUCUGUUUCUCCGCCCUGGCAGAAUCAUCCAUCGCGCUCAUCCUACCGGGAUACUCUGUGCUGUGUAGCAGUCUGGAAUUGCAAUCGCAUCAGAUCGUGGCAGGAUCCAUCCGAUUGGUCUAUACUAUCAUUUACUCGCUUUUCCUGGGCUACGGCGUGACAGUGGGUCUCACGAUCUACGGACUGAUGGACGAUAAUGCCACCAAAGCCACAUCCUGCCCUUCACGAGAUACCAACAUCUAUGGCAGUGUGUACGUGCAGGAAUUCGUGUUCGUGGCGGUGUACUGCGCCUUUGCCGCCAUCCUCAACCAGGCCAAAUGGAAGCAGCUGCCGAUCAUGUCCUUCAUGGGCGUCGCAGGCUACACGACCUACUACUUCACAGCCAAUCACUUGGACAGUCGGUUCGGCAGUACCAUUGGAGCUUUCACGAUCGGAUUGUGUGCCAACUUGUACAGUCGAGUCUGGCAUGGACACGCUGCUGCGGCCAUCGUGCCGGGCAUGUGGACGCUGGUGUCGUCUGGUCUGGCUAGUAGUGGAUCCAUCAUCUCCGGAUUGGCGUACGCAGAAGCAGUGAAAAAUAAUACCGUUUCAGAUUCGACAAUGACCCAGACGCAGGAGUCAUUGGGAGGGUUGGCUUUGAGUAUGGUGCAGACGGCGUUGGGAAUCACGGUAGGACUCUUUCUUUCCGCGAUGGUGGUCUAUCCUGGUGGAAAACGCAAGGGUGGACUGUUCAAUCUGUGA